CACACACCCACCAGGCCACCACCAGGUCACCAACCACGCACGCGCCUCCGCCUGCCCGCUCUCCCGCCAUGAAGCAGCUCCACAAGUCUUCCCCUACCCACGCGCCAUCGCCGGCGCACGCACCGGCUCCCAAGGCCGCCAAGACGGCGCGCCCAGGUCCGCGCUCCUGGAUCGGCUACGUCCUCCGCGAGCAGCGCCUCCUCUUCGUCCUGCUCGGUGCGCUCAUCGCCUCCACCUUCUUCCUCCUCCGGCCCUACCUCUCGCUCUCCCCGUCUUCCCACCUCCCCGACGCCCGCCCGCUCUUCUCCUUCGCCACCCGCUCCGGUGUUCCCGCCGGCUUCCGCCCGCCGCAGCGCCGCGUCGUCGUAACAGGCGGGGCAGGGUUCGUCGGCAGCCACCUCGUCGACCGGCUUCUGGAGCAGGGGGACAGCGUGAUCGUGGUCGACAACUUCUUCACCGGCAGGAAGGAGAACGUCGCGCACCACCUCCGGAACCCCAGGUUCGAGCUGCUCCGCCACGAUGUAGUCGAGCCAAUCCUCCUCGAGGUGGACCGGAUCUACCACCUCGCGUGCCCCGCGUCGCCUGUGCACUACAAGUACAACCCAAUCAAGACGAUCAAGACAAAUGUCAUGGGAACUUUGAAUAUGUUGGGUCUGGCGAAGCGAAUUGGUGCAAGGUUUUUGUUGACUAGCACAAGUGAAGUUUAUGGUGAUCCGCUUGAGCAUCCACAGAAGGAGUCAUACUGGGGGCACGUUAAUCCUAUAGGUGUUAGGAGCUGUUACGAUGAGGGGAAGAGAACAGCAGAGACUUUAACUAUGGACUAUCAUCGUGGUGGUGGUGUUGAGGUGCGUAUUGCCCGUAUUUUCAAUACAUAUGGUCCUCGUAUGUGCCUCGACGAUGGUCGUGUGGUCAGCAAUUUUGUUGCACAGGCACUGCGAAGGCAACCGAUGACAGUCUAUGGUGACGGAAAACAAACUCGAAGUUUCCAAUAUGUUGCUGAUCUGGUUGCUGGACUGAUGGCUCUAAUGGAGAGUGAUCAUAUUGGUCCUUUCAACUUGGGAAACCCAGGAGAGUUUACCAUGUUGGAGCUAGCACAGGUUGUGAAGGAAACAAUUGACCCAAUGGCAACCAUUGAAUUCAAACCCAACACAGCUGAUGAUCCCCAUAUGAGAAAGCCAGAUAUCACCAAGGCUAAGCAACUGCUACAUUGGGAGCCAAAGGUCUCUCUCAAAGAAGGCCUUCCGCUAAUGGUUCAAGAUUUCCGUCAAAGGAUCUCGGAUGAGUAAUCAAAGCAAUUCUUUUUUCCCCGAAUGUGCCAUGCACGUGUUUGUAAUCAGAGCAAUCGUAUGAUACUGGUCACCGGUUUGAUUCUGAACGAUGCUGCAACUACAGUCAGGAGCUCUUCACCAACUGGAGGCCUGGAGCCCUGUAGUACGAUGUACUGUGUACACAACAGACUGUAGAAUCACGCAGGCCCCAUUUGGAGUGUGGGGAUUCCAUAGUAUUUCUACGACAUAGUACUAUUUCUGUGAAAUAGCUGAAAAGUUCAUGGGUUCGUGUUGGUUUUUUUAUAUAUAUCUUGGUGAGGCAGAACAGAAGCAAUCAAUUGUUUUUUUUGUGCAUGUGUGAAAUUCCUGAAUUGUGGGUGGUGAGAGAUAGGAUACAAUGAUGUAUUUCAGGAGCUUUUGUAACACUUGAACAUUCAUCAUGUGAAAAAUGUAACUGAAUGUGUUGGCCAGCUCA